AUGAGGAAGCUUUCCAAAAAUCCCUGGCUCCAGGCCAUGGUAUCUCUGCACGCCUUGACUCACCUCGCUGGUGCGGCCUCGCGGAGGCCAACUGGUGAAACCGGUCCUCAGGACUGCUGUGGAUGGGGGAAAACUUUAGUAAGCAGAGGUCGUGGACACGCAGAGGACAGCGCGCCUGGUGGUUCAGAGUUUGAGGCGCUUCCGAUAAGCAUCGAGGCGAGUAGAGAAGCGUUGUUUGUAGCAACAGAUGGGGAUCCCAGUCCGGCCCCCGUUCUGGUUAUUUCCGACGUGGAGAAGGUGCUCCGGAGGCAGAAAUCGCCUUCUUCCGAUACUCCGCCCAAGCCAGCACCUCAGUUCUCUCCUGGACUCCAGUCUCGGCAGCUAGCUGACCAACGGUAUGGGCCGCAACGCGUCCGCAACAUCCCACCGUUAGGACAAGGAAUGAGGACAGGUCCAGCUGCAUAUGCUCCACUUCCUCCAUCUCCGCCACAGACCGUUCCUCGUUUCGUGUUAGGAGCUGCGGGUCCCGACGACCAGGUUGUUCCCUCACUUGAUGACAGGUCUCCUUCAUCGUCGAGCGCCGCACACGUUGAGACUGAGCGUCCAGGAACAUCGGGGUUACAAAGUCCCCCUGAUGAACGUCCAGGACCAUCGAGGUUACAAAGUCCUCCAGAUGAACGUCCAGGACCAUCGAGGUUACAACGUCACUCAGGUGGACGUCCAGGGCCAUCGGGAUUACAAGGUCAUCCAAGUGGUUUUCAACAAGUGAGUCUCGGGACUAUCGGCAUUUACGGAGACAGAGGAAGUAUCACUGAGGGUAGACCCUCCCCAUAUUUCGUACCUUCCAGGGGACGAGCUGCGCCAAGACAGGUGGUCUCUCUCACGGGCUCCAGCACGGACGGGGGGCGGGUCUACCAGCAAGCACCCGGACAAGGCAGUGGAGGUCAGUUUCCCAGUGUGAGCGCCGCCUUUGGCCUCGUCGCGGGUCCCGCUGGUCCACCACAAGUUGUGCAUGGACAUGGGGGUGGCCCCGUACCCGUUUUCAUUCCGGCGAAUAUCCCUGGAUUCGCGGGAGGUCCCCCUGGUCUGCAACAGCCUGUGCACGUAAGCGGUGGUGGUCCUUCACCAGCUUUCAGUCCGACGUAUUUCCCUGGAUUCGCGAGAGGCCCCCCUGGUCUGCAACAGCCUGUGCACGUAAGCGGUGGUGGUCCUUCACCAGCUUUCAGUCCGACGUAUUUCCCUGGAUUCGCUGGAGGCCCCCCUGGUUUUCAGCAAUCUGUGAAUGUAAGCGGUGGUGGUCCUUCACCAGCUUUCAGUCCGACGUAUUUCCCUGGAUUCGCGAGAGGCCCCCCUGGUCUGCAACAGCCUGUGCACGUAAGCGGUGGUGGUCCUUCACCAGCUUUCAGUCCGACGUAUUUCCCUGGAUUCGCUGGAGGCCCCCCUGGUUUUCAGCAAUCUGUGAAUGUAAGCGGUGGUGGUCCUUCACCAGCUUUCAGUCCGACGUAUUUCCCUGGAUUCGCGAGAGGCCCCCCUAGUUUUCAGCAAUCUGUGAAUGUAAGCGGUGGUGGUCCUUCACCUACUUUCAGUCCGAUGCAUUUCCAUGGAUUCGUGAGACAGUCCCUAGGUCGUCAGCAACCUCUGGAUCCAAGCGGUGGUGACGCUUCACCCUCUGUCAUACCGAUGGAUGCCUCUGGAAUCGCGGGAGGGCCUCCAGGUUCUCGACAAGAAUCUGAGAGCCAACAUGGGCCAGCAAGCGCUCCGGCGGCGCCAGCCCCCCAAGCAAGGGGGGUGUCAAGCUGGAGCGGGGUGUCUUCUUUACCAGGACCCUCCGCCAGGGGGCCUCGUCCAUUUGUCCCUCGUGGCGCGCCCUUGGGUUAUGCGCCUUCACGGCUUCCACCUGCUCCACCGAUUGAGCCGCCGUGGCUUCCGGGGGCACUUAACCCUGAUCGACCUCGACCCCGUCGACGGCGCCAGGAAAUGGCGCCUCUUGUGCUUGAUGACAUUGCUGUACCAGGAGCGGGUUCGGGAGGUCCUGAAGAUCCAGAUCCUCUCGGUAUUCUAGGUCCUUCAGUUCGUCCGCCUCCUCCAGUUCGUCAACCUCCCCCUUCUGCUCACCCAUUUUUACCGGGUAUGGGGGGAAUGCAGGGGCUGCCAUUCGGAUUUGCAGAGAGUCAGUACAACCUUCUUAGCGACAUUCGACGUACGAUGGAAAACCGUAGGCAAACGCAAUUUAGGGGGAUGGCAAGUCCUCCGGCCCCGCCCCGAUUGAGUCUCCCGGAGGGGAUUCCUGUCAACCCUUUCUCUCAUCUGGAGGAGCCGUAUCAACCUGAGCCACCAGCAGUUGGACAGAGAUUGGACGUGAUUCCAUCGGCGGCGCCUCUUCCGGAACCUACGCGAAGGGGAGUUGUUCGAGCGCAACUGAGGUCACUGAACCUCCACCGCUCCCAAAGUAUGGAAGACCAGGUUGUUCCCGGGCCGGAAACUAUUCGAGACUCGAUUUUACGUGCCUACGGGGUCGAUCAAAAUUCUGUUCGUCUUCUCUACAAUCGUGGUGGAUGGCAUCUGCAAUCUGAUCUUUACGUUACUGUGCCGGUGGCUGGGCGUGCUUCUCAGUUGGCUCUGCUGACCGAUAGAGCAGUUCCCAACCCGGAGGGGUUCUCGUCGGACGAGGACUAG